UGAAUGUAGGCCUUACCGAUAACGCAAAAUGCAUUACCCAUUACAGUGAAAUAGUCCGUAGAAGACAGACUGAUUGAUUAAAAUGUCUGUGCUCGAAAGUUGGAAGAAGCUCUAAACUUGAAAAUUACAAACAACUCAUUGGAACCGAAACGAAAAAACACGCCACUGCUGAUUAAACACAUUUCCUAGAAAAAGGAAAUCAAUUUUCUGUAAAGCGAAUCAGGUAAAAGGAAUCGAAUGCAGUGAAGCUGUUUUCCCUCCUGUUUGAAGGCAAGCAGAGAUACCAGAAGCUGCCUCAGAUUAUCUAUAGAAGAAAAAUAAUGCGUGUGAAGGACAUUCCCUCGCACGAUUGGAAUAUCAGCCUCGGGAACCUCGGAGCAGUCGAUGUCACAAAGCGGAAGGAAAGGAACGGCAGUUAAUUAAUGGUUGAUUCAUACUAAUUAAAAAUUCUACCUUACUGGAAAAGGAAGCAACCAGGAAAAAAAUCUAGGAAGAAGGCACAUCCUACUGCAGUGAAAAGUGGAAAACGUUGUGAGCUUAAAUAUUUGAUGAGGAAUGAUAAUUUUAAUUAAAAUUAAACUUGUGAUCAACAUAAACUGAUAAGGAAGGUAUAAAUAUAUCGAGGAAAACUCGUAUCACUGUGGGGUUAGAAGUUCAGAAAGGGAAGCUAACCAGCACGAACAAAGAGGGAUAAAAUUACCGGAGAAAAAGAGCAUGGCUGAAAUUACGUUCGGAAAAUUGUGCUUUCUAAUUAAUAUUCUGACUGCCUGUGCUGUGAUCGUGCAGGCACAGGAAGAUGACACCGGCGCUAUGAUGACUAAGUUGUGUAACUUUGAUAAACCGCUAAUAGAUCCAACCGACGAUGCUGGUGGCAAGUAUUGUGACUGUGAUGUGGAAAAUUCGCCUCCAUGGGGAAUCCCAGUGGUAAUUAUAAGCUGCCAGGAUCAUCACCUACAGAAUGACAUUUUCCAGGUCGAACUUUUACCGCAAGGCACCAUCAGAUUGGAUUUGUCCUACAACAAGUUUACCUCGGCUCCAAACUUCACCGGUGAUAAAUUGAAAUAUCUUAGUCUCCGCAACAACAAGAUAACAACAUUGGCAGAUAAGAACUUUGUGAAUGUUUCCAGCCUUCUGGAGCUGGAUUUAAGUGAAAAUGAAAUCACUCUUAUCAACAGCGAUGCAUUUGAAGGAUUGAAAAUACUUCGCAAACUGAACUUGGCUGAAAACCAAAUCACAAUUAUUCAACCCAAUGCGUUCUCUCCGUUCAAUCACUUGGAACAUUUGGUGCUGUCAAAUAAUCCGCUAGGAGAAUUUUUCAACAAAUCAGAGAAUGAUGUGUUUUUGAAACUUGGCGUAACACCAAGGUUAAGCGUAAUUGAACUAGAAAACUGUAGCCUCGUUCAAAUAGAUCUCUCAAAUGGAGUUGGCUUGGAUCACAUAAUUCUUAGUUCCAACCAAUUGACACAAAUCCAAAAGUUGCCUAGAGCACUUUCACACCUCGACAUUAGCAACAACCCUAUUCGUUUAAUGUCAGCAAAACUCCUUCCUCAUCUAUCAAACCUUCAAAGUUUAACCAUGGAAGAUAUGCCCAAUCUGUACAAACUGGAUGAAUAUGCACUUUUCGGACUUCCACGAUUGACCCAUAUCAAUCUGCAAGGGUCACGAAAUCUAUCAAUCAUAGACCCACAUGUCUUCGGAAAAAAUGUUGUUCUGAAUGAAACUGACACCGUACUGGAGGAGCUAAUCCUGAAAGGAACGAACAUUCGAACGCUUAACUCGUCACUACAGUUCGCAUUCGAGAAACUGAAAACGUUGGAUCUGACGGGCACUGCUGUGAACUGCGACUGUGAAAUUCGAUGGUUAAAGGAAAUGUCCUUUAAUACUGAGGCUUCGUGUGCAAAGCCCGCAUCCCUAAGGGGAAUGCAACUGUCCGAAGUUGACGUCGACAAGCUGCAAUGCAAAGUCGAAAAAUCCUGGAUCUACACGAUGUUCAACGUGUUGCUUGUGAUACUUUUGAUCAUACUGGUCAUCGCUGCAGUAUAUCUCGUGUACAUUGCCAUAAGACCUCGUCAGCAGGUCCAGAUGCGUAAAGUAGGAGUCAAUAGCCCUUACGCGAGGGUAACGAUAGAACCAAACCAAGCCGAGAAUUUGUAUUAGGUUAGAUAAAUGAUAGUUUAAGAUAGCAUUGAUAAUGUUUGUAAAUAAACCGAUUUGAAAAGACGUUUUAAUGGUAAACCUUGAAA